CGCUGCAACUGGAGCGAGGAAAGUCGGGAGUCCCUGAUCCAGGUUUCUGUCCAUUAUCCCGGCAUGGGGGACAUGAAGACCCCAGAUUUCGACGACUUACUGGCGGCAUUCGACAUUCCGGACAUUGAUGCCAAAGAAGCCAUCCAGUCUGCCCCUGAGGAAGCAGAGGGCCACCACAGUGGGGCUGGGGCAGGUGCAGGGAAGUCAGGUGGCAAUGGGACAGGGGGUGGGGGAGGCGUAGGCCCGUCUCUCAGGCCCCCUAGCCCCCCAGACCAUCCGCACCACCCCCAAAGCCUGACUCUUUCCUCUCAGGGGGACCCCUCUGUUGUUAGUGUAAUUGUGAAGAACAGAGUACGUCCUGACACGUUUGGAGAGGUAGGGGCGGACGUGGAUAAAGACAGCUUGGGUGGCAGUGCAGAGGCCGGGGCAGGAAAUGGGCUUACAGGAGUUGUCAUGGGCUCCCGGCCCAGACUGUCAGGCCUGAUCCCGCCAGAACCGCUCGUCCACAAUGGAUUUGAGGCAGCAGCGGCUUCCACGGACCCCACGCUGCGUCACACCCAGACCCAGUCCAACGGGGAGAUGUGGUCGCCCUGUUCCCCAAAAACAGCUAGCGAGGGAGGGGGUAAUUGUGUGGGUGUGGAAUCGGCCAACACCACCAAACAUGGUGCCAACCUCUUCAACAGACUGAAGCCACUGAUAGCACAGAGCCCCGGGGACCCCAUAGGCAAGGCCAGGAAAAUGCUGCACUUACAGCAGCAGCAUGAGACCGGCCCUGAAGGGAUGGACAGAUCAAAAGCUCUAGGCUCAUCUGAUACCGCCUCCUCUCAUGUUGCUGGAGUGUCAGUAGGAAUCUCAACGCCUUUUUUUCCGGCUCCCUUGCCAGUCCUCCCUAUAUCCUCCACCCCUUCCUCUUCUCACCCCGUCAAUCCACACCUCUCCCUGUCUACCUUGAACGAUGGGGCCCCUCACCCGUCUGGGACUGUCUCCUCACCCCUGAUUCCCGCCUCUCAGCCAUUUAACGGGACCCAGAGGGUCGGCUUCCAUCGCUUAGACUCUGAAGAUGAGGACUCUGAACCAGAUUUUGGGAGUCCGUUAGUGAUCCAGGAAAGCCCAGAUUCCCCGGCAUGCACGCCUCCCAAAUUCCCCCGUCGUCACCGCUCACCCCCUAAAAUUUUCAACUCCAUUUCGUCUCACCCAGCUGCCCCGACAUCCACUUACACCGAAACGGGAGAUAUUGCCCAGGGACCAGCCUCACCCUCCCCGUCCACGUGCCCCCAGGCUUCGCAGAGCUGGUUCCCCUCACCCCACAGGGUGAGCCCCGCUCACGAGGACCGAAAUCCAGAGCACGUGAUCGAGGAGCGGGACUCGCCUGAAAGUCCUGAGCCAGAGGCCCCUUAUUCAGCCGUCUCUACCGGCACAGCGUCGCUCAAAAGGAGCUGCAGUCCAGCUGUGGCCUCCACUCCGCUGCCCCCUGCCAUCCGUGGAACCGUGGAGGGGGAGGAGAUGGAGGGAGUUAAAGAAGGAGAGGAGGCCAUGGAGACCAAUGCCAGCAGCAAACCCAACUCCGAGAGCAAAGCAGGGCAGGGCGGAAGAGCAGAAGACGAAAAGAUGGAGGUAGAGGAUGGAGAGAGCAUCGGACAGAUGGCUGCUGCCAGAGCCAAGCCUUCCUCCGCAGUUACUGCCACCACAGCGGUCGCGUCCUCAACCGCCUCGGCUGGCGCUCCUUCCAGGCCCCUCAAAGUCCGCAUAAAGACGAUUAAGACCUCCACUGGGAGCAUCACCAGGACGGUGACGAGAGUGGCACCCAAAGGGGCGGGGUCUGCUGCGGCCAAGGGCUCCUCCAGAGCUCAGUCAGGGGGGAAUAAAGGCGCCACUAAGCCUAAGAAGGCCCCUCCCACUAGUCAAGCAGUCACCUCCCAGCAGCACUUUGUGAAAGGUGCCAUCCUGCCGGUGUCCACCAUUCAGGACGCCAGCACUGCCAUGCUUGUGGCCGCCAGCAAGGCCCAAAACAAGAUGGCAGCAUCCACAUCCGAAAAGACCAAGGUCUCGGCCACAGCCGUUAAUAUCACCAGAAGUGCAGCCCUCCCGUCCAUCUCGUCCUCUUCCACCGCCACCGCCACCACCACCUCCCCGAAAUUCGGCGUGGGCACCAGCGGGAUCAGCGUGCGCCCUGUCGCGCAGAAGACGGUAAACGGCAGCACCACCGCCGCCACCGCCCUCGCGCCGCAGAUCUCCAAGCCGGUGUCCAUCGUGAACAGCACGGGCGCGGUCAUCUCCCGCAGCCAGUCCAGCCUGGUGGAGGCCUUCAACAAGAUCCUCAACAGCAAGAACCUGCUGCCCAGCUACCGGCCCGACCUCUCCACGCCCCUGCCGCCCGAGUGGAGCCUCCCGCUGCCCGCCAACGGCUACCGCUGCCUGGAGUGCGGGGACGCCUUCGCCCUGGAGCGCAGCCUGGCCCGGCACUAUGACCGGCGCUCGCUGCGCAUCGAGGUCACCUGCAACCACUGCGCCAAGCGGCUGGCCUUCUUCAACAAGUGCAGCCUGCUGCUGCACGCCCGCGAGCACAAGGAGCGCGGCCUGGUCAUGCAGUGCUCCCACCUCGUCAUGCGGCCCGUCUCCAUCGAGCAGAUGAUUGGCCAGCAGGACACCACGCCCAUCGGCGUGCUGUCUCCCCUCUCCUCUCCCCCCCUUUCAGCCCCAGCCACCGCCCCAGUGACAGCAGCGCUGGCCCCCGUGGCCCCCAGCCCGACGAAAGAGGACCUGGCCACCCAGCCGAGCCCCGCCCGCCGGGCGCCCGAGAGCCCCCAGGUCCUGCUGCCCCUGCCCUGCAAGAAGGGGGAGGUGCUGCAGUACCACAACUUCAAAUGCCCCGAGUGCCACGCCCAGUUUGGCGGGAAAGCGGAGCUGGUGGCGCACUUCCAGGAGGUCAAGGCUGCCUCCAACACGACCUGCAGCCUGUGCUCUCCGGCCAUGAUGCUGCCCAACGCCUGCAGCGCCGCGGCCCACCAGCGCAUCCACAAGCACCGCUCGCCCCACGUCUGCCCCGAGUGCGGGGGCAUCGCCCGGCCCGGCAGCUUCCAGACUCACCUGGAGGAGGCCUGCCUGCACUUCGCCCGUCGCAUCGGCUACAGGUGUUCCAGCUGCCAGGUGGUGUUUGGGGGCCUGAACUCUAUCAAGUCUCACAUCCAGACAGCUCACUGCGAGGUCUUCCACAAGUGCCCAAGCUGCCCCAUGGCCUUUAAAUCAGCGCCCAGCGCUCACGCCCACAUCAGCACCCAGCACCCUGCACUGGGGGCACCUCAGGCCAAGAUGAUCUACAAGUGUGUGAUGUGUGACACAGUGUUUACCCAGAAACCCCUGCUCUACAUCCAUUUUGACACUCACCUGGCCAAGCAGAAGGUGCACGUCUUCAAGUGUCCGGAUUGCACAAAACUGUAUGCACAGAAAGGUUCCAUGAUGGAACACAUCAAGACUGUUCACAGGGGCCUGUCAGCCAAGCAGGAAGCCCAGGACAGCGUCUCCACCCCUGCCGUCCACACCCCGCAGUCCUCCCCCCUCCCCAAAUCGAAGUCCUCCACCAAGACACAGAGCUCCGACGGAGAGGACUGGGGCGGAGAGCAGGAGGACGAAGAGGAGGAGGAGGAAGAGGAGGAGGAGGAGGAAGAGGAUGGGGAGGGGAAGGAGGACCCCGACUUCAUCCCCGGCGCCCCAGAGGGAGGCGGCCCCUCGGAGUGGAGCUGCCGGCAGUGCGAGGCGCACUUCACGGUGAAGGACGACCUCACGGCCCACGUGAAGAAGGAGCACGGCAAGGUCACCGCCACGCCGUCCGGAGCGCCGUGCGCAGAGCGCACGCCUCAGGCUGCGCCCUUCUGAUCCCGCACGCCGCAAAAUCACAGCCAGCGGUACAAUACAAUGCAGUUUCAGUGUAAAAAAAAAAAACAAAAAAAAAAAAAGCGGUGUGAUGACAGGCCGGAGUUUUAGUGAUCCUACAAGAUGAUUUUUUUUUUUUUGUUAUUUUUUAAAGGACUGUUGUAAACCCCAGGAAUGAAGU